CGGGUCAACAAGCGGUUGUGAGAUAGAAAGAGCUUCGGGGAUUAGGAGUCGCAACCAACCUGGGCAGAAAGGCGAAUCAGUCAAGCUGUACAGCCCCAAAGGUCCGCCCAUAUCCAGAGCAGCCCCCACGUACCACAACCCCACCCCAUACAGCACCACAUACACACAUAGACAGGAUUCAAAAUCGCCCGCAUGCACAUCACCCUUCGGGAGAGAGCCACGCAGGCAGACGUACAGACGUCAUUUGCUUCGUUCGCAAAGCACAAAACUCACUCACACUCAGUUUAAACACACGCCCAUCAAGCCAUCCAUCCAUCAGGCCAUCCACACGCACCCAUCCCUAUCCUACACCCACCGAAGCCACCCGGUUGGUUGACCGGAUUGGAUGGGCUAGUUUAGUUGGGCCCGAUGGACUGCUCCGCCUGCGCGCUGACGAGAGGGAUCUGGUCGGGCAGCUCGCCGAUGACGUUGGAAAUGAACGAGUAGAUGAUGCACCCGCCGAUGAAGAAGAACAAAAAGUUGGUCAGGGCUAUCUUGACGGGCAGGUAGGUCACCAGGCCAAGGACGAAGUUGCCCGCGAUCUCGUAGAUGUUGAGCAGCAAAGCCUGCUGCAUCGAGAAACGCACAAACCUGCCACGGCCACAGCCACAGCCACAGGGAGAGAGAGAGAGAGAGAGAGAGAGUUUUAGGAGGCCGUCCAUCGGCCGAACGUUCCCGUGUGCCCACCUGCCCACCUGCUGAAGUUGGGCUGGAACGACCCGAUGGGUUGGUUCCUCGAGAGAAUGCUGAGUGCGAUGAAGAUGAUGAAGGAGACGAAGGGGGCGCUGUACAGCGGCAUGAAGGGACCCGUCAGGGUGAAGAAGAUCUGACCCGCAACUGGGAACUUCAGAAACACAAACCUGCUCAACAGAUGAGGAGGACGACAUCAACCACAGCCAUGCCGCCUCCCCCCCUCUCCCUCUCUCUCUCUCCCCUUCUCUCUCUCUCUGCGUGUGUGCGUGUGUGUGUGCUUGUGCUUACGAAGCGAAGCUCCUGAGGUCGAGUGUUGGCAGGAUGUAAGGGACACAUGCGACCAGUCUAUCCCGCGCACCCACACUGUACUUGCUCAUGCUCAGCUCCCCCCUCGCCCUGCAAGGAUGGACGUCCUUGGCCACAGGCACGACCACCGGCGACAGAGGCAGCGGAGCCUCUCUCGCCCUGCUGACGAUGUGUUGCCGCGGCACCCCUGCGGCAGAUCUGGCCAACGGAGCGACGAAGGCCUGUCAGCAGUCAACCGUGUGAAGUGUUUGAGUGGCCAGACGAUGGAUGGAUGCUUCUCUAUGGACAACGUACCUGCGGCCCUCCACGGACAGUCGCCGCCAGAUGGCACUGAGUAUUGAGGAAGACAGUGACUAUCCAUGCCCAGCACAGCCGCGUGGAGAAGGCUGCUGCUUGCCUCCUUUCUCGCAUUUUGUCC